AAUCCGUACUAUCCCUUUGCCAAUUGCAUGGAUUGGGAGGUGGCUCAAUGGGCAAUCGAUGAAGGCCCCAGCCAGGGUGCAUUCACCCGACUGCUUAAUAUUGAAGGAAUUCAGGAAAAACUGGGGCUGUCUUACAAGGACUCCCGCAGCCUUAACCAGCUCAUUGACCAGUUACCUGCACUUGCGCACUGGAAGAAGUCCAUUAUCACGGCUGAAGGUGUCCCGGGAGAACACGAGCUCUUCUUCCAGGAUCCAAUUGAUUGUAUUAAAGCAAUCUAUAGUAAUCCUGCCUUCCUUGAUCAUAUGCGCUUCAGUCCCGAGCAACAUUUCACUGACAAGGAGAAGUUGCACCGCACGAUCAAUGAGAUGAUGACUGCAGAUUGGGUGUGGAAGACACAGGAGAAACUACCGAAAGGGGACACUUUGGUCCCAGUUAUCUUGAGCUCCGAUAAGACCCAGCUGACCGUGUUCAACGGCGACUGCACUGCCUAUCCCGUAUACAUUACGCUUGGAGUCAUUGACAGUGCGAUACGUCGGAAGCCAUCAUAUGGUGCACAGAUGCUCCUUGGCUAUCUUCCAGCUUCAAUGGAUGAUGGGGAUCUAGGAGAGGAAGAUGCCCGCUUGGCCCAUUCCCGGUUAUUCCACUGCGGGAUGAGCAAGAUUCUCGAAAGCCUGAAGGGUAGUACGGCAAAGGAUGGGAUCGAGUUGACAAGCGCUGAUGGAGCUGUUCGGCGCUGUCAUCUUGUUGUAUCUUGCUACGUCGCUGACUAUCCAGAACAGUGCCUCGUGACGUGCACACGGCAAGGACGCACAUGCCCUAAAUGCAAAGUUACCUGGUCAGAGUUAGGGUCGGGCAUCCAAAGGGAGACAAGAAAGCAAGAGGAGACUCUUAAGACCCUGCGGCAUGCGCAAAAGCUCGGGUCUUCUCGUAAAGCACAGGAAGCACUCAAAGAUCAAGGCUUGAAUUUCGUUCCGGAGCCAUUCUACGCAGGACUUCCUUUCACCUGUAUCCACGAAGCUAUCACGUCGGAUGUUCUCCAUCAGAUCUUCCAAGGGUUGGAGGAUCAUCUAAUCGAGUGGAUGAAAAUCUUGAUGACAGACGCUGAGCUUGAUGCACGAUUCAAGCGUCUCCCGCCGAUGCAUGGGAUGCGGACAUUCAAGGACGGAAUAUCGAAAUUGACAAACAUCUCAGCCAAGGAACACAAGGAGAUGUGUAAGCAGUUCCUGGGCUGCAUCAUAAAUUGUCCGGAUAUCCCAGUUGCCGCAGUUCAGGCGUCCCGAGGUCUGCUUGAUUUCAUUCAUCUGGCUCAGUAUAAGAGCCACAGUCCAGAAACACUGGACGAGCUUGAAGCUGCACUCGAGAAAUUAUGUAUUCAGCUUUUUGGCACCACAGACAACUACAAUACUGAGACGACCGAACGUCAUCACAUUGACUUCGCAAAGGAGGCCUAUCGAGCAACAAACAAAAAAGACUACUUCGACCAAAUGACAAUAUGGUUGGAAUGGCGUGAAAAGGUCAAGGCAUUCGGCGUUGUACUGCAAUGGCGUCAGGGAAGGAUGCCCGUGCCAAGGAUGAAGCGCCGUCGCCGUAAUCUGACACCUGGUAUCCAAGCCCUUGCUAAGGCACCAAGUGCCCCGAAAGUAACCUUCAAGGACCUCGAGGAGAAGCAUGGUGCUAUGCGGUUCGAGGGUGCUCUGAAGACAUAUAUUGCACAGUACCGUGAUCACGCCAAUCCCGGUCGUCGAGCACGACGUGCAGACUCUGAUAUCCAGCUGCCAUUUUCUGCUGUUGAUGUUUGGUACCGGGUUAAGUUUGCUGUCCCCGAUCUUCACAUGGAAACAGAGGGACCAACCCUGCAUUCUGCGCAUGCUGAACCGGCCCGCACUAGCCUGGGGAAGCGUCUACCAGAACGAUUUGAUACUGUGCUGGUAAAUGAGACGGACGAGUCCGAGGAAAGGGGAAUGAAAGGGAAACGUGUGGCACAACUCCGUGUCAUUUUCACUAUCCCUGCGGACGAUCUUGCUGUGAUCUUUGGCUCUCGAAGAGAAGCGCCUGGCCCUCUUGCAUAUGUCGAAUGGUUUACAAGAGCUCGUGACAAGGAUCCCAACCAUCUUAUGUUCCCGAUCUCUCGAAGCAGGGAUGUCAGAGGAAACAGAAUCUCCUCCAUCAUUGAGCUCGACACGCUCUUCCGUAACUGCCACUUGUUCCCAAAGUUUGAACCACGUGCCAACAGGGCUUGGACAUCGCAAAAUGUCCUUGAACGGUGCGAUCGCUUCUAUAUCAAUGACUGUGCUGACCAUCACUCGUAUCAAACUAUUUGGUAG